AAAAAAACCCUAGCUUUCGCUGUUGUAUCUAUACUGAAGAAGAGAAAGCUUGAAGACGGCGAGAGCUCCAUCUUUUCACAGGCACUUCUUCUCUACAAUUCACAAUGUCUCUGGUUGCAAAUGAGGAGUUCCAGCACAUUUUGCGUGUGCUCAACACUAACGUUGAUGGUAAGCAAAAGAUUAUGUUUGCCCUUACCUCUAUCAAAGGUAUUGGGAGGCGAUUGGCCAACAUUGUCUGCAAGAAAGCCGAUGUCGACAUGAACAAGAGGGCUGGUGAGUUAUCUGCAGCUGAGAUUGACAACCUCAUGACUAUCGUUGCAAACCCAAGACAGUUCAAGAUUCCAGACUGGUUCUUGAACAGACAGAAAGAUUACAAGGACGGGAAGUACUCUCAAGUUGUCUCCAAUGCCCUUGACAUGAAGCUCAGGGAUGAUCUUGAACGUCUCAAGAAAAUCAGAAACCAUCGUGGUCUAAGACAUUACUGGGGUCUCCGAGUCCGUGGACAACACACCAAGACCACUGGUCGCAGAGGAAAGACUGUUGGUGUGUCUAAGAAGCGUUAAGCCAAUGUUGCUGGUGGAAGCUGGGUUGGUUUAUUGAUAAGAACCGAUUUUAAGUUUUGUGAUUCGUACAAUUUUGCUCGACUCGACUUUGGGUCUUUUAUAAGAGAUAUUUACUACCGUUUUAUUACUCUUAAGAUAAUAUUUUGUUACUGGAUCCUUGUGUCACUUCUCUAGUUGCAUGAUUUUUCAGUUGGCUUAA